UGAUCUCGGGAAAUUUUCGAAUCUCAUACUCCGCGCAUCACGGCUUAUCAGCUCAAAAAGUUUAGGAAGUUAGAUUCUCGAACAAGCAAAGUGCGGUUUCUGAACUCUGCCAAAGUUGGAGCAGAAAAGAGGAUGAAGCAUCUUCACCUUCUUUUCUACACUGUUCCAGUACUUUCACCUGAAGCUAAGGCAUGGUAAAAUCCUUUUAGUAUAGUUCCGAUUCUGCAUAGCGAGUUCGGGAAAAAUGUCUUGUUCAUGGAGGGAAAAUUCCCAGGGGAGUGGAGAGGCCUCCAGCAGGGGGAUAGUCAGGAGAAUGGUAAGCCUGCCCCGGACUGUGAUCGGAGAAUUCUCAAGAGCAGUGGGCCAGGGAAUGGACAUGAUGGGAUUAGGGAGUAGAAGACGCCAACCCAUCCCUAUUAACUACCCGGCUCAUCCCCUAGAAGAACACCUGGUCUCUGCAGUCCCUGAUGAAUGGGCAUUCCUCACUGCUUUCGAGCAACAAUACGGGCCUAGUCACCCCUUCUUCUACACCUGCCGACUGACUGAGGCGCUGAAGAUAGCAGAGCAGGACAAGAAGUUCCUGUUCCUUUACCUUCACUCGAAGGAGCAUCCUUUAACGCCCUCCUUCUGCAGAGAAACACUGUGCUCCGAGCUCAUGGUACAGUUCCUUGAUGCAAACUUCAUUUGCUGGGGAGGCCUAGCUCAUAGAGGUGAGGGUUCGCAAAUGGCUGCAACUUUACAGCCGGGAAGCUUUCCAUUCUGUGCAUUGGUUGCUCCUGCUCCUGGGAAUUCCAUCGCCGUUUUACGACAGAUUGAAGGCCCAAUUUCACCUUUCGAGCUGGUGGAGAUACUUCAGAGGACAGUAGAGGAGCAAGGACCGGCAUUUGGCCUUGGAAGCAGUAAAGCCGAGCAAGAAGAGAAGGUAAGAGCCGACCGUAGGCUCAGAGAGGAGCAAGAUGCUGCAUAUCUUGCAGCUCUUAAGAUUGACAAGGAUAAGGAGUUAAGGAAAAGCUCACAAAUCCGAGAUAUCGGUCGAAAACCGGUGGAAUCACCAAAGAAACACUAUCAGAAACCAACUGAGACCCGAGCUGCUAUAGAUUCCACUGACAAAGUCCUCGCACCUCCAGGAAAGAACCCGCAGACCACACAGAUACUGAUACGGUUUCCAAACGGGGAGAAAAGAGAGCAGAGCUUCUCCUGCUCUGAUGAGAUCCGCUCAGUCUUCCGUUACAUUGAUUCGCUAGGCCUCUCAGCGAUUGGACCUUACAGAUUAGUCUCGAGCUUUCCUCGGAAAACAUAUGGCGCAGAUCAAAUUGGGAUGACUCUUAGAGAUGCCGGUCUAUAUCCUAGAGCUAGCCUCUUCCUGGAGGCCCUCUAGGCGCUUCAUUUUCAUAGACAUUUUAUGUGCUAAACUAUGAUCUUAUGCAGUAUAACAUUGCGAUAAAAUUCUCUUAUGGAAGCUAGUGUGGAACUCUUUGCCCACUUGUUCUCAGCUCUCGGUUUCCGUUGCAAGAAACCUUAUGUUUCUUCUGUCAAGACAGAAGAAACUUUGGCUCACUUAUUUUUGUAUUGCCCUUUCUCAUCUUUAGUUUGGGCAAACCCCUAAGAUGGCCAAUUCGAACUCAGGGCAUGUCGGAUAUCUCGAUCUCAAAUUGGGUUAAA